AUCAAGCCAAAACAUAUUAAGAGAGUUUCUGGGAGUUGUAAAGAUUAUUGCAGCAAUGGCUUCUUUGCAAUGCCAGAAAACCACUGAGAAAGGCUUGGCUCAAGGAUACUAUGGUGGCGGUUCUAGUUGGGGAAGCCAGGCCACUAAAAUGGAGAACAAAUACCAGAAUGGCUAUGCAAUGUCUUACAGCGAACAAGAACGCCAUAGCCAAAUCCGCUGCCCCACCUAUGGACUGAGCGAAUCCUACACUACUUACGGCCAAUCUCAUGGCACCCACAACGGAAACGCAAUGUCGAAACCCCAAUUUCAUGGUCAUGGGAAUGGCUACGACAGCCACAUGAGCAACGGGAUGGCUCACACUCAAGCAUAUGGCUCUAACCAUCACAACAGCCCUGGAAAACACCAUGGCCCUGGGUAUGGUAGUGGCUUUGGGGGCUACCCUCCCAAAAACCAUGGAAUGCCGCAUAGCCCACCGCACCACGGCGGCAAACUGUCAGGCCAAGGCAACGGGUUCCUGAAGCCCCAAGCAUACGGUCCUGGCAGAAACAUGGCCUACGGAAUGGCCGAAACCGAAAGUUGCGAGUACCGCAGUGAAGUAUACUAUUCCAACGAGUCACACUACAACGACGGCGGCCGUGGACACCACCACGCUGGCAAAGGUAACCACCCUGUCAAGGGUCUGCUAAGGAAAAUAAAGGGUGGCAUUUCACGUAAUAAAAGCUGCAGCGACAGCGACAGUGGCAGCGACAGCGAUGAUGAUGGUUACGGGAAGAAGACGGUCUUCGUGAGCAAGGCAAUAUGAUGAAGACAUAUAUGAUAAUAAAAAUAAAUAUGGUGAAGAUGUUGGCUAUAUAAAUGCGAUAUAAUAUAAAAUAAAAUUAAAGAUGUUCCCGUAUCAUAUGUACCUUUAUGAAUUAAGGAAUGAUAUAACCUCCUGCUCUGGAGGAGUUUGGUUGUUA